CUCUCUUCCUCCUUCUCUCUGUCGCGUGGUCCGCGGAGUCGCGUUAAAUUUUCGUGGGUCUUCCGGAAGAAACGUAGACAAAUUUCAGCCGUUCGAGCAGCCGGCGCUUUUUUCGGCGCUCGUCGUCCCGGAAGAUCCGGCGAAGCCGUAAAUUCCUUCUCCCGCGAUUUUCGCGCCGUGCCGGCUUUUCAACGGGGUCGCGCGACACCGACUCCUCCAUGUAACCCACCGUGUAACCACGUGCUUCGAAUAUCCUGUCGGCGGAGAGAGCCGUUACGGAACGACUCGCUCUCGCGCGCGCGAAAAGUCUCGUCUCUGCCUCGUCGCGUCUCUCGAACGUGUCUUCGGAUUUCGCGGAUCGACCUCGACGAACGGAAUCGUCGCUUUCGUUAGCUUUCGAAACACGCAAUUAUUUUGCGCAGCGAGCGCGACAAGGAACGUUUCGUCGCGUCAAAGAAAGAAAGGCAUGCCGGAAUGAUCGAGUUCGUGGACGGCUGGUUUUUUGGCCAUACCCUGGGCGAAGGAGCCUACGGCGAGGUCAGACUAGUCAUAAAUAAAUCUACAGGCGAAGUUGUUGCUAUGAAAAUGAUUGACACAGAGAAACAUCCAGAUGCAAGGCAAACAGUUCGCAAGGAAACUGCUAUUCAUCGUAUGUUGUCAAAUCCUAAUAUUAUACAGUACUUUGGAAAGCGCAGCGAGCCUAACAUGGAAUAUAUAUUUUUGCAGUAUGCUUCAGGUGGAGAAUUAUUUGACAGAAUUGAACCUGAUGUCGGUAUGCCAAUAUGUGAGGCACAAAAGUAUUUUAGACAAUUAAUUUCUGGAGUAGAGUAUCUACACGGUCGAGGAGUUGCGCAUAGAGAUCUUAAGCCAGAAAACUUACUUUUAGAUGAUAAUAAUAAUUUAAAAAUAAGUGACUUUGGACUAGCAACGAUAUACCGUAUGCAAGGAAAAGAACGUUUAUUGGAGAAAAAAUGCGGAACAUUACCUUAUGUUGCACCAGAGGUAUUAGUAAGAUCGUAUCAUGCAGAACCUGCAGAUAUAUGGUCUUGCGGAAUCAUCUGUGUCGCUUUACUGGCUGGAGAACUGCCGUGGGAUCAACCCUUGGCAGAGUGUCCUGAAUAUGUCGCAUGGAAAGAACGGAAGUAUAUGUCUCUCACACCAUGGAAGAAACUGGACAAUUCGUCAUUAGCAUUAAUCAGAAAAAUUCUUAUGGAUUCGCCAUUAGUUAGAUACAAAAUAUCAGACAUUAAGCAACACAGAUGGUUUGUCACGAGCUUUGUUAAAGGUGAUGAAGUAGAUGCACGAAGUCGUUUGAAUCAGAUGUCUACAGAGGACGAAAGCUUAAGAAAUGUCUGCUUGUCACAACCUGAAUUCCCUCAAAUGGAUAGUAAUAGUACAAUACAAUUCAAUUUAGAUGAACGUCCAGCAUCAUUUUCUCAACCUGCUCAUGUGGAAGAUCUUUUAUUAUGUACGCAAUUACAAGCGUUAACACAGCCAAGUCAGCAAAAUUCUUUCCAACGAUUAGUCCGUCGAAUGACCAGGUUCUUUGUUAAGAUAGAAUGCGAAGAUAUUGUAAAGAGACUAAUAAGAUAUUGCGAGAAGGAGAAUUACGUUUAUCGCGUUAACGAAUUUGGCAUACUAACAAUAUCGACGAUAGAUCGGCGAAAAAUGCCGCUCGUUUUUAAAGCAAAUUUAAUAGAAAUGGAUGGAAAUGUAUUGGUCGAUUUCCGCUUAUCUAAAGGAUGUGGGCUGGAAUUUAAAAGAGCGUUUAUUAAAAUCAGAUGCGCAAUGGAAGACGUUAUUCUGAAGAGCUCUAUGGCAUAUCUGAAGAAUCAGUAGCAGUUACAGAUGCAUAAUAGAUACAAGAUCAUGUAAUAUUUCAAAUAUGUUUAUAAUCAUUGUUUAAUAUUUUUUUUA